GAUCCAGAUCGAAAUUCGUAGGGGGUGAGCGAAUUAGGCAACUAUGGACAGUAUUGUUCUUACAUGGGGUUGCAAGAAAAUGGGCAAGAGAGGAAAGAGUCAGAAGAAAGUCGAUGGAAAGCCUAAUAAGAGAAAGCUCCGUGAUGAAAAUGGUGUCAUUGAAGAUGACAUGGACGACGAAAUUGAUUCAUUUCACAAACAAAGAGAUGUUGUUCCUCUGGACAUUAAUGAAGAGGCUGAGGAUUCCGAUGAAGAUAACGAGCAACCUGUCUUUGACUUUGAGAAUAUUAAUGAUGGCGACGAUGAUGACACCCAUGAUACUGGAUUUGCAGCAAAAAUUGUUAGGCAGCAAAAGUUUUUAACGGCAAAGUUUGGUGGAGUUGAGGAUGAAAUGCAUGAUGAUGAUGAAGAGGAUGAGGAAGAUCAAAACCCUGUAUGGGGAGGAAGGAAGCAGCAAUAUUAUGAUGCUGAUAAUCGUGAUUUUGAGCAACAAUCAAGUGGCGAUGAGUCUGCGAAAGAGGAAGAGGCAGAAGUGCUGAGGCUGCAAAGAGAAAGGGCAAAAUCAGCAAUGUGGGAAGACUUUGGCCUUGAGGAUAUUUGUCAAAAUGAGAGUGAUGCCGAAUUAACUUUUGAGGAAAUUUCACGUAAGGGAAAAAGUACAAAGAAGUCUCCAAUGGGAAUUGAAGUUUCAGAUGACAUGGGUACAGCUUAUGAGGAGGUGAAGAAAGACUUGAAUUCUUUGUCAAAGGAGGAGAAAAUGGAUGUUUUAUAUAGUUCCGCUCCAGAAUUAAUUGGGUUGUUGUCAGAGCUGAAUGAUGCACUUGAAGAGCUUCAAAGCAGAGUUAAUCCACUUUUAAGCAAGGUUAAAAAUGGGGAGGUCAUGUUGGAAGGAGGGAUGCGCUAUUUAGAGGUAAAGCAGCUUCUUCUGCUGGCCUAUUGUCAAGCCAUAACGUUCUACCUUCUUCUCAAGUCUGAAGGCCAACAAGUUCGUGAUCAUCCUGUUCUUGCUCGCCUAAUAGAGAUCAAGAGUUUGUUGGAUAAGAUGAAGCAACUUGAUGGGAAUCUACCAUCUGACUUUGAGGAAAUUCUCAACAAAUAUAAUGGGAUAGAAGCAGUAGUGCUUUUGUUGCAGAUUCAGGGUAACCUGGCAUGGUUCCUAUUUUUCCUUAUCUUUUUGUUUAACCAAGAAGAAUACAUAAUCUUGAUGUUGGUUUAUGUUGACAAAUGUCAAGUUAUGAUUAUGAAAAAAAAUAAUAAUAAUAAUAACUUUUUGAUGCUAUUUUUUUUUUAUCUUUAUGAGAAGGUUGUCUCAGGUGAUGAUGAUUUACCUCAGAGAGAUGAUAUUGGGGAGAGGCGGAGAAAGCAUGAGCUCCGAGUACUGGCAGGAGCUGGAAUCAAGUCUGAUGGUGAUGCUGGAGAUGAAAAUGGCGCUAUUUCGGAUGAUGGAGAUGUUGAGAUGGAUGAUAGUGGAACUGGAGAUUCAGAAGAUGAAUUUUACGAACAAGUGAAAGAAAAACGAGCUGCAAAACUUGCUGCCAAAGCUCAGAUUUAUUCAAGGUCCUCUACAGUUCCAUCUUUGGUCGAAACUGAAUCUGUCGAUGGGAAACGCCACAUUACUUAUCAGAUGGAGAAGAACAGAGGACUUACUCGUGCUCGCAAGAAGCUGAUCAAGAAUCCAAGAAAGAAGUACAAGUUGAAGCACCAGAAAGCACAAGAGCGUAGAAAAGGACAGGUAAGAGAAGUCAAGAAGCCUAUUGGUCCCUACGGCGGGGAGACCUCUGGAAUCAAUGCAGGAAUCAGCAGGAGCAUCAGAUUCAAGAACUAAUUUGUUGUUACCCGUUAUUGCUUCAUUUUUGACCCUCCCAAUACGUCUUCUUGUUGGAUCAUUAGGAGUGUUUUACGAACUUAUUGUGUCACAAUUUUGAUAGUCAUAUAAUUUUAAAAUGUAGUGGAAGAAAUUUUUAUUCAAGAUUUGAACUCUUUGGA